AAAUUGUCCCCCCUUCUCUCCAAUCUCCAACACACCUCCACUAGCUUUUCUCACUUGAGAGUUUAAGCCUACAUUUCACACCAACUAAAUCUCUUCCUCCAUAACUUGUCUCCCUCAAUACCAUUCCUUCCUGUUCCUCAUCUCCAUUUUAACUAACUUUUGCAUUAAUUUGCUUUCACAAACUCCCCACCUAUAUAUAUUGUAAUCUGUGUGUUUGUUGAGAAUUAAUUUCAUUAGAUCAUAUAUAUCCAUAAGAUGUCAAGCAGAAGGUCAAGAUCAAGGCAAUCAGCAAGUAAUUCAAGAAUAACUGAUGAUCAGAUCAAUGAUCUUGUUUCUAAGUUACAUCAACUUCUUCCUGAGAUUCGUAACUCCCACUCUGAUAAGGUUUCAGCGGCGAAAGUGUUACAAGAGACCUGCAACUACAUUAGAAGCUUACACAGAGAGGUUGAUGACCUUAGCGAGAGAUUAUCAGAACUAUUAGCGACCACUGACAAUGCCCAAGCUGCCGUAAUUCGUAGUUUGCUUAUGCAAUAAUAGAUCACUUAAUUAAUAAAAAUGAGGGUUAAUUUUUGUAUUAGGACUUUUAUGGCUUCACUACUUUAAUUUUAUAUUUUUAGAUUUUUCUUAA